UCGGUUCUUUGGCUGAGAAGACAGUUAUGGGGCGAGCGAAGAAUCUGAUUUUGGUUUUUCUGGCAAUUGUUGUGACAGCAGUGCUUCUAAGGAGACUACUAGGAGCAUAUGCCUUAAUAGUUCCUCUUCUUUAUAUGUUUUUCGACGUGAAUUGGAGUCUACGCGUGACUUGGAUCGUUUUGAGAAACAUUGUUUUCCGCAGCAGAGCUUCAGUCCCUGAUUUCUUGGAAAUUUUUGAGACAACUUUUAUUGUCCUUCCGUCGGAUAUCGAUCUGAAUCUUCACAUGAACAAUGCUAGGUAUCUCCGUGAAUGUGACUUUGGAAGAAUUAAUUUGUGGAUUACAAGUGGAAUGAUGCGUGUAAUGAGAAAGAGUAAGUGCGGUGUGACAAUAGCUGCAGCUAGUGUGCGUUAUCGGCGAUCACUGGAACUUUUUCAAAAAGUAUUUCUAAAAACAAGAGUCAUAGCAUGGGAUGAGAGUGCGUUCUAUCUUGAGCAGCAAUUCAUGGGAGAGGAUGGCUUUGUUUAUGCUGUUGCUUUAACAAAGAAUACAGUAAUUCAAGGAAAUAAGAGAGACAGAUUAGUUUCACCUGCUGAACUAGUUCAGCAACUAACUGGAUGGAAUGCACCUAGUCCAUCCAUACCUCAUAACUUACAACUUUGGAUUCAGUACAACAGUGCAUCAAGUGCAAUGUUAAAAAAUGCUUUGUAAAAAUACAUCUGUUCUGCAGGCUAGUGAUUUGGUUGCUAAAUUUACAGCAAAAGUUUCCCACUUGGUACCCCUUGUUUGGUGGUCAAGUAGCUACUGCAAUUUAAUUAUUAUUUAGUGUUUUAUGGCAUAAAGUUGAGUAUAAAAUUUGCCCAAUAAAAAUAAUUUAAUAAA